AUGAGGGCUCCUUCCCAUGCUCCUCUUCUUCCUCCCUCUAGAAUAAAGCGUGCUCCAUCUCCCACACCUCUUCCUUCCCAAAGGUCUAGUGCACCAUCUCCAACUCCUAUUCCUCCCUCUCGAAAAGGCGCUCCACCUCCUACUCCUCGUCUUCCCACCCCACGGUUGGGAGCACCACUACCUUCUCCUAUUCUUCCUCCGCCUAAGCAAGGCAAUCCUCCUCCUCAGCCAGGGGCUCCGCCCUCAACUCCAGCUCCAGCGGUGGCACCUGGUGGGCCCAAGGUGCCAGCCUUGAUCGCGUUUGGGGACUCCAUUGUGGACACCGGCAACAACAACUAUCUUAUGACCGUCGUGAAGGCCAACUUCCCACCGUAUGGUAGGGAGUACCCUGGCCACAAGGCCACUGGCCGGUUCUCUGAUGGCAAGAUCUCCGUGGACUUCAUAGCGUCUGCACUUGGGGUGAAGGAGAUGCUCCCACCGUACCUGAACAAGAGUCUCACCCUGGAGGACCUCAAGACCGGCGUCAGCUUCGCGUCGGCGGGCAGCGGCUACAACAACGCCACAUGCAAGACAUCGUCGACCAUGACGAUCGAGCGGCAGCUGCAGCUGUUCGCCGAGUACAAGGCGAAGGUGGGGGCCAUCCCCGAUAGGGCCCUCUUCAUCGUCUGCUCCGGCAGCAACGACAUCGUGGAGCACUUCACCCUUGCCGACGGCAUGAGCUCGCCCGAGUACGCCUACAUGAUGGCCGCGAGAGCCAUCUCCUUGGUCGAGAGGCUAAUCGGCGAGGGCGCGCGGCAGAUCGCGCUGACCGGGGCACCGCCGAUAGGGUGCGUGCCCUCGCAGCGGCGCAUGGCCGGCGGCGUGAAGACGCAGUGUGCAACGGACCGCAACCAGCUGGCGCUCAUGUUCAACAGAAAGCUGAGCCUGGAGGUGGCCAAGCUGGCCGGCAGGUUCCGCGGCGUCAACAUCUUCUACGUUGACCUCUACUCCAUCCUCGGCGACGUGGUCCAACGCUACAAGGACCUGGGGUUCACCAACGGCAAGGACUCGUGCUGCGGCUACUUGGGCUUUGCCGUGGGCCCGCUCUGCAACAUUGGGAGCCGUCUCUGCCCGGACCCGUCACAGUACGUGUUCUGGGACAGCUACCACCCCACCGAGAAGGCCUACAAGCUCAUGAUCGAUGAGUUCAUCCGGAGAUACAUGAGAUACAUCCAUUAG